UUGAUUCCUCAGCUAAACAGACAGACACUGUACAUCCCUUUGAUUUCAACACCAACCUUAAAAUUUUCUUGCUUCCAAAUCCCAGCAAAAUCACUUCUCCUUUCUAAAAAACUCCUCGAUUUGUUCCUUUUUCAAGCGAUUUCCUGCGAUACCCAUAAUCUGAUCCCAAGUCAAACCGUACCCAGAUGGGAUUUUCAUCUUAAUCCGUAUAGGUUUUGAAAAUCACAGAAGAAUCAAGAUUCUGAUCUGAUUUCUCAAGUGGGUUUUCAUUAAUUCUUCUUGAAGAUAUGAAUUUCAGGAGCUUGGAUGAAUUCUGGGCAUUCUACAUGACUCAGCACUCGAAACCAUCCACAAGGCGCUGGCAUUUCGCGGGCACACUCACAAGUAUUCUAUUAAUGAUUUACUCUGUGUUGUUUAAUUGGUGGUUUGUGCUGUUUGUGCCGGUGUUUAGUCACGGUCUUGCUUGGUACAGCCAUUUCUUUAUCGAAGGGAAUGUUCCGGCCAUGUUUGUGCAUCCAUUUUGGUCCUUUUUAUGUGAUUACAAGAUGUUCGGAUUGAUGCUUACUGGUAAAAUGGAUAGGGAGAUCAAGAGGCUUGGAAAGAGGCCUAUUCUACAAGGGUUUUGAAUUUUUUUAUGCUAGUGUAAGGUUUCAUAUAAUGCUUUUAAUCAUGUUUGAAUAUAGGAUUUGUUCGCAGAGUAAAUAUUGUUGAAAUUCUAAGUUUGAACAUAAAUUUGCUUGGUCUUU